AUGGCCAAAUCCCGGAUUCUGCUUGUCGGCUGUGGAGGCAUCGGUACCGUGGCUGCUCUCAACCUGGAGGCAGGUAACCGUGCAGAAGUAACCUGCGUCCUGCGGUCGAACCAUGCUGCUGUGUUGCAGAAAGGGUUCGCCAUUGAGUCGUGCGACCAUGGCAGCGUGGCCCAUUGGCGGCCUACGCAGGUGCUGGAUGCAGUUCCCAGUCAUCCGUCGCCGCCGUUCGAUUACAUCGUCUGCUGCACCAAGAACAUCCCCGACGCGCCCCCUUCCCUCUGCGAUCUGAUUGCGCCAGCCGUGGCCCCGGGACAGACGUCCAUCGUGUUGAUCCAGAACGGAGUCAACAUCGAACGACCCUUCAUCGCCCGGUUCCCCGACAACCUCGUGCUGUCCGGCGUCAGUCGGACCGACGCGCACGAGAUCACCCCGGGCACGAUUCAGCAUAAACAGCCCGAUUCCCUGGACGUCGGAGCCUUCCCUCACCCUUCGAUUCCGCUCGCCCGGCAGGAGAAUGUCGCCAGGGAGUUCGUUCGCAUCUACUCCGCCGGCGGCAAGACAAACUGCCGAUACGACGGCCACGUUGCGCUCAGCCGAUGGCAAAAGCUCGUCUACAAUGCCUGUCUGAAUCCCAUUUGUGCCCUGACAGGCCUGGAUACUGGGACGCUGCAGCUGGAUCGCCAAAGCAUGGAGACGUUGGUGAGGCCGGCCAUGCGCGAGGUGAUUCAAGUGGCCGCGGCCCUGGGGCAUCGCCUUCCAGAGGAUGUCAUCGAGACAACGAUCGCCAGCAAUCCCGUGGAAAAAAGGAUCUCGCCCAGUAUGCUGGUGGAUUUACGCAAGGGCAAUCUCAUCGAACAUGAAAACCUCCUCGGGGAGGUCGUGCGCGAAGCCGACGCCAUCGGCAUACAGACGCCUACGUUGACUAUGCUGUACAACCUGUGUUGCGCCGUGCAGCUGCGGACGAAGCAAUCCCGAGGUCUUAUUUCUAUCUAG